CUCUUAGCGCCAGCAGCUGCUUCAGAGAAAGGGAAGAUGGCGGACGGGGUAAACGUUGGAGUGAAUCUGGACGCUUUUUCUCACGCCAUCAGCGGCAUUCAGGCGCUGCGCUCCAGCGUGAGCAGAGUGUUCGAGUUCCUAAAGGAUGGCAUGAAGAACCGGGAGACUCUUGAAGGCCGAGAAAAGCAGUUUAUAGCCGAGUUCCAUGACAACCUCCAGGCUGUAAACAGAGACCUGAAGUGAGUGCUCCUCCACAGACACACUAAAAAGAAUCAGACCUCUAAACCCAGUCUGCUUCUUCUAGACUGUGUGAAUAGACAUGCAUCUGACCUUAUCUGUGCCCCCUGUCUGUCUGUCUUUCUGUAUGUCAGUGAGCUGGAGCGGCUUAGUGGUCUGGUCGGUCGCCCUUCAGAGUCGCUCCCUCUCCAUAACAGCGGCCUCCUCAGCCUGGAUCCAGUGCAGGACAAAACCCCUUUAUACUCACAGCUGCUGCAAGCCUACAAGUGGUCCAACAAGGUAAACAGAAGCUUAUAUUCUGUCAGGCGAACAUACUAACAUACAAACAGAAAUUAGGGACUUUAUUGCGUUAAAACAGAGUCCUCCUCUCCAAUCCAGUUCAGAGGUUUGAAGAAGCCCCUCUGUGCUCAAACACUCAUCUUCCCUCUUUGGUCUGAAGUGAUCUUACGCUGAUGAACCAGCUGAGCCUCUUUCAUCAGCACACCAUCAACAGAUGACUUUAUUUCGUUUCAUCAAAGUAGAUGAAAUGAAAAAUGUACACCGCUUGAAUCUUACAUAUGGUGGUUACUAUGACAACAACCCCCCCCCCCCAUCAGGACCCACUUACUUACCUCUCACUUAACACACAUGGCUGAUCCACAACACACACAUGACCUCACACAGGCAGAAGAAGAAGAAGAUGGUUGAAAUGAUAAUAGACAUGAUAGGUCUGAGUAUGAUGUGUUUUUUUGUGUGUUUCUGUGUGUAGUUGCAGUACCAUGCAGGUUUGGCCUCCAGUUUGUUGAAUCAACAGUCACUUAAACGAUCGGCCAAUCAGAUGGGGGCCUCAGCCAAGAGACGACCCAAAGUCCAACCCAGUACUUUGGUACUUCCCCCUCAGUGAGUACAUCAAUAUUGAAUGUUACUGGGAGACUGCAGAAAAAUGUACCUAGAAGAGCAUCUUACAGAUCAUUAGAUGAAUUUGCAACAGCUUAGUAACAUAACUGAGGCUGAGUCUCUCAGAGUUAAAGCUGGGAAGAGGGUCGACACUUUGUGAGAGACUGUGUGAGCAGGCAGUUCAACUAUUUGAUUGUAAUUCUCAAAAAAUGCAAUUUUAUCAUUUACAAUGCAAAUUGUCAUGAAAAGAUUUAGAAGACCUGAAAAUGGCAUAAAAUGAAAAACACAAAAAUAUCCUGUGAAACAGUCAGUCAGUCACCUGUCUAGACUCCAGCCCAAUAAAGAAGGACUGAAGCAAAGUGGAAGCCUCUUCCAGAAACCACCUGAUUUGCCCAGCUUGGCACCUACUUAUAAAAUAAAAAAUACAACAAAGGGAACAAUUUAGAAGAAUUCAGUUUUGAUGUUUGAUGUGUUCUGUUGAUGCUUAACUUUAUUAACUAUCAUCAUACCUUAUACUGCAGUAAAUAAACCAUAUAUAUGACUAAGGUACAGCUGUAGUACUUACUGAUACAUGACAUGUAAUAUUUUGUCUGUGACAGGUAUGUGGAUGAUGUCAUCUCUCGGAUCGGUAGGAUGUUUCCAGAUAUGACCAUCGAGCUCUUUAGACCCAAUGGGACAUCUGCUGUCUUGCUGGUAAUGAAACACACACUCAUAACACUGCACAGGUGUGUACAGACCAGAUUACAGGUGUAGUUAAAUCAGGUAGAAGUUCAGACCAAACAGCAAGUUCCUGGCAACAGGCAGUUUAACAGGAUGUAUACAGACCAGUUCACAGGUUUACUCAGAAAAAGUAACAUAUUUGUACACCAGAUACCAGGUGUAUUCAGAGCAGCUACUCAAUGUGUCUGUCUCACCUGUCCCCCACUCAGGUGACCCUCGGGAAGGUGUUGAAAGCAAUCGUGGUGAUGCGCUCACUGUUUAUCGACAGAACCGUGGUCCGAGGGUACAACGAGAAUGUUUAUAAUGAGGAUGGAAAGGUGAGAGGUCAAACAUACCAGACAGAUAACUUUUGAUACCUGUCUGUUUGUCUCCAUGGUAACCUGUUGGUCCAUCUUCCUCCUUAGCUGGACAUCUGGACGAAGUCUCAGUACCAGGUGUUUCAAAAGGUAAGACCCAGUGAUGUUACCUGGACUCUUAGAUGCUCUUAAAUAGCUGGAUCUUCAGUGAUCUUAUUGCUUGUUAUGUUGCUAGGUAACGGACCAUGCCACUACAGCUUUACUACACUACCAGCUGCCACAGAUGCCAGAUGUUGUGGUACGAUCUUUUAUGGUGAGGCUCCGAUAGACAUGUUUGUGUUAUCUGUCCUUAAUCUGUCUGUCUCUCCGCAAACCUGGUUAUAGGUCCAAACUAAAUACUAACCAGUGUAUCUUACUGUCUGUCUCUCUGCAGACCUGGUUAUAGGUCCAGACUAAACGCUAACCUGUGUAUCUUACUGUCUGUCUCUCUGCAGACCUGGUUGCGGAGCUACAUUAAACUCUUCCAGUCGUCCUGUCAGCGUUGUGGUCAUUUUUUGCAAGAUGGACUUCCUCCAACAUGGAGGGAUUUUAGGACCCUGGAGGCGUUUCAUGACACUUGCCGUAUGUAAAAAAACAAACAAACAAACUUUGUUUCUUAGUUUAUAUAUGUUCAGUUUUUGUUAUUCUGUUUGUAUUUUUGUACAGAAGUUAAAUAAAUUGGAUUUAAUUUUCUUACAG